UGGGGGGCGGGGGCCAGAGUUUAAGGUGCAAAGGAUGCCAAUUGUCAUCAGGUUCCGUAGUUCAGGACCCAACCAUGACUCUGAAUAAUGUCACCAUGCGCCAAGGCACUGUGGGCAUGCAGCCGCAGCAGCAACGCUGGAGCAUCCCGGCGGACGGCAGGCAUCUGAUGGUCCAGAAAGAGCCCCACCAGUACAGCCAGCGCAGCCAUCACUCUGCUGCCCCCGAGGACCACUGCCGCCGGAGCUGGUCCUCUGACUCCACAGACUCAGUCAUCUCCUCCGAAUCGGGGAACACCUACUACCGGGUGGUACUCAUAGGGGAGCAGGGGGUGGGCAAGUCCACUCUGGCCAACAUCUUUGCAGGUAUACAUGACAGCAUGGACAGCGACUGCGAGGUGCUGGGAGAAGAUACCUAUGAGCGAACGCUGAUUGUUGAUGGGGAAAGCGCGACCAUUAUACUCCUUGACAUGUGGGAAAAUAAGGGGGAGAACGAAUGGCUCCAGGACCACUGCAUGCAAGUUGGGGACGCCUACCUGAUCGUCUACUCCAUCACAGACCGAGCCAGCUUUGAGAAGGCAUCCGAGCUGCGAAUCCAGCUCCGCAGGGCCCGGCAGACUGAGGACAUUCCUAUCAUUUUGGUGGGCAACAAAAGUGACCUGGUGCGGUGCCGGGAAGUGUCUGUGUCAGAAGGGAGAGCGUGUGCUGUGGUGUUCGACUGCAAGUUCAUCGAGACCUCAGCAGCCGUCCAGCACAAUGUGAAGGAGCUGUUUGAGGGGAUCGUGCGGCAGGUACGCCUUCGGAGGGACAGCAAGGAGAAGAACGAGAGGCGGCUGGCUUACCAGAAAAGGAGGGAGAGCAUCCCCAGGAAAGCCCGGCGCUUCUGGGGCAAGAUCGUGGCCAAAAACAACAAGAAUAUGGCUUUCAAGCUCAAGUCCAAAUCCUGCCAUGACCUCUCUGUGCUCUAGGCCCCCAGAGUCACCCCAGAUGUUCCCCUGAUGGACAUCGUAGAGCACCAUUGGGACUGAUAAUCUAUAUUAGAUUGCAUCUUCAGUGUUAUUAGAUACAGCUUCCCCCAUUGUAGCUGGGAAUUAACUGGUUGGCCUCAAGAGCAACAUAAUGCAUGGGAAACAGAAGGUCUUUGUAAAACCAGUAUUUAUUUACAGGAAAAGCCUGACCUUGCUACUUGAACACCCAAGACUUAGAGGAUGUGUUUGGGGUUCACAUGUGUUUCCUUUCUCCUCUGGAUAGUAGAGAAUUGAAGCUCAGAACAAGAACUUUUCAUUAUUAAAAUUCUAUCCUGUGUUCCGAUACAUGAAUUUGAGGCCAGUGGGCCAUAGACAAAAUACUGGAUAGUGGUCAAAGGAUUUAUCCAAAGGAGGGAGGAUUUCUUUCUCUGUACCUUCUAUUUGUGGAGCUAGGAUUGUAGAACCGGGCUCAACAUAAUCGUGACUGUCAUUGCUCCAUCAAGCUGUGAAAAGAAAUGAUGGACCUUGCUGGAAACUAAAGCUUAGCCAACAGUUUUUGUUUCCUACCCACAGUUGGGGAUCCAGAAAUUUGUACAAUUGGGAACCGAUACAGGUACCAUGUAGGGGAUCAAAAAUCAUAUCUUUGCUUCUGUGUCUUACAGUUUUUUGUUUAGAGGAAAAUUAUUUAAAUCAAAUUCUACUUGGUCAAACUACCUUUUAUGUUUCAUUGUUUUUAAAGCCUUGGGCCAUGAUGAAUAUAUUCUAAAAGUCGGAGUUUUUGAUAACUUCGAGUGCAGAAUGCCAAAUUUUGAAAUAUAAUUGAAGGUCUGAAUUUUUAUAAAACACAAAACGUGAAACUUCCAGUACUUUGGGUUGACCCUGGUGUCCCACAGCUCUGCUCUAUUUAUUGUUAUUUUGCAAAAUAAUAACCAUUUUGACAUUUGAUAAAGCAUAUUUAUGAACAUAUUUCUUAAUAGGAAAAAUGUCCAUUUUAUUACCAUUUUCUAUCUUUUUCAGAAUAAUCAAGUUUUUACCAAUAUGUCUUAUAAUGAAAGAAAUAAAAUCUUUGGGAAAAAA